AGGCAAAAAAAAAUAGUGAUUGUUUUGAAAUUGUAUAGUGAUUUUUGUAUUGUUUCGUCUAUGUUUCAAUGUUUCCAGUAUGAGAAAAAAGUCCUCCAAAACCAAAAGUAAAACAUCAACCAACGAUGAAUUACAACAUCGUCCACCAAAUCCGCGUCAGUAUCGUCCCAAGAAAUCAUCCCGGAAUCCGGUUCACAAGCGCAUCGGUUCCACCAAGCCAAUCGAACAAACAAUUCCAGAUCGUAACGGUUCAUGUGAUCAAAUAUUACAGUGCACCACAGCUGCUCCCCGAGAGGAAAUUGUCGCACAGAUCAAGAUUGAAAACGAAUACCAAUGGGGAUUGGAAGCUGAAGAUUUCGACGACUUAAAUCCAUAUAUUAUCGAAGUAAAACUAGAGCCAGACCCCGCAAACAAUGUUGCUCCCAACUUCGAAUGGGUUACAAUUAAACAGGAGAUAAAAGCGGAGCCUUCGGAACCGCCCGUUCAUAUCAAGCAGGAAGAGUUGGAUUUAGAAGACAUUGCUCCAAAUUACACCCUGGAGUUGCCUGCGAUUGCUAUUAGUCAGGAGGAGAUUGAGGCUGAGCCUCCGGAACAGCCUAUUCAAAUCAAGCAGGAAGAGUUAGAUCUGACGGACAAUGAACAUCAAAAUAUCGAUAUGGACAGCUAUCCUUCGUCGGUAGAAGAUGAUCCGAUCGAAACCAUUGUUGUGGAUGAUGAUGAGAGUGAAGAAGUCGAUCCAGAACCCGUUCAUACAAGUGAUGUCGUUCCGGGUGAUGCAAUCGAGCAGGUCUUACCAAACCAAAAGGGAAUUGCUACAAUUUGCGUUGAUGAUUCCGAGGAUGAGGCUGUUAGUAUCGAAGAAUCAAAUGUCGGUUCAUCUGUGAUUCAACAUGAAUCACUGAAAAUCGUACAUUAUAAAGAUGCAGAUCCAGCACCACCGCUAGUCACGCCAAGGACCUUGCAAAAAUCAUCGGCAAUCCAUAACUAUGAACAUAAAUGUGUCCCCCGAAGGAUCUAUCAUAAUAGUUUUUUGAAGCGAUUCAUUAAAACCACCACCUACAGAGGAUACAGUGUAAGAGCGGCCAGGAUACUAAAUGGUGCUAAAAACCAAUUCACCCACAUAUAUGCAUGCGAUAAUUGCGAUAAACUAUGCGCUAAUCAUGAUUUGAUCAAACAACACGUAUUAACCCAUAAUUUAAAAAAGAGCAAAAAACAUCCGCAGCUAUUUGUAACGACCGAGUGUCAAAUCUGUUUUCAACGAAACCUCGAUGAUCCAGACCGUAUACGGGAGCACCUGGAGCAGGAACAUAGCAAGGAAGUUUACAAAGCAGCAAAGGGUCAAAAGUUUUCCGUUCGCAUAGAAUGCCGAAUCUGCCGGAGGUGGUUCCCGAUGAAUGAGUGCCUCGAGUGUGGCGAGAAAUUCGACCGAUGCUUUGGAAUCACCUGGCACACCCAGAUACACCGCAGAGCAGAGAAGAAGAAAAUGGGAAAAUUAAAUUUCUCCAUCGAUAAACAGCGCUGAGGCUCGUCACCGCUUUGUCUUCGGUAGUACACUUUAAGGUUGUUAUUCUUUGAACGAAAGUUUCUCUUUCGAACAAACAAAUUCCGAUUCACUAUUUUAUUACUAAAAUGAUACAUUAAAAUCAUUACAGAGCUCCUUUGCCUUCAGAA